AUGGUGUAUAAUUUUAAAGUGUUUAAAAAGUGUUCUCCCAAUGGCAAACUCACUUUGUACUUGCCGAAGCGGGACUAUGUCGACCACAUCUCCUACGUGGAGCCCAUAGAUGGCAUAGUGGUAGUUGACGAGGAGUAUGUGCGGGACCGCCGAGUGUUCGCGCAGGUCGUGUGCACCUUUCGCUACGGCCGGGAGGAGGACGAGGUGAUGGGGCUCUCCUUUUACAAGGAGCUAUACCUCGCAUCCGAGCAGGUGUACCCGCCGCUCGAGAGAAGAUCCUACGACCUGACACGCACGCAGGAACGUCUAGUAAAGAAGCUGGGCACAUGGGCGUUGCCCUUCCGGCUACAGCUGCCCGCAGGCGCGCCCGGCUCCGUCACGCUGCAGCCCGCUCUGGAGGACGAGGGCGAGCCGUGCGGCGUGCACUACUAUGUCAAGCUGUUCGUUGGAGAAACUGAGAUUGAUCGGUCACAUCGCAGGAGUACGGUGGCGUUGGGCAUUCGGAAAGUGCAGUACGCGCCGGACAAGCCGGGUCCGCAGCCGUGCACCGUAGUGCGCAAAGACUUCGUCCUAUCACCUGGACAGCUCGAGCUAGAGUUAACUUUGGACAAACAGCUCUACAUUCACGGGGAGACUGUGGCAGUAAACAUCAGUAUACGGAACCACAGCAACAAAGUAGUGAAAAAGAUAAAAGCGAGCAUCCUGCAAUCCGUCGACAUUGUGCUUUUCCAAAACGGUCAAUAUAGGAACGUGGUCACAGGGGUCGAGACGCAAGACGGGUGCCCGCUGCAGCCCGGAGCGAACAUGCAAAAGGUGGUGCAGCUGCGGCCGGCGCUGGGCGCGCUGCGCGACCGCCGCGGCCUCGCGCUCGACGCGCAGCUCAAGCGGCAGGAGACCACGCUCGCGUCCACCACUCUAUUAUUGGAUCCUGAACAACGCGACGCGUUCGGUAUCGUGGUGAGCUACAGCGUGAAGGUGAAGCUGUACCUGGGCGCGCUCGGCGGCGAGCUCAGCGCGGAGCUGCCCUUCAUACUCAUGCACCCUAAGGAGGGCCGCGCCAAGCUAAUGCAGGCGGACAGCGAAGUGGACGUCGAAAUGUUUAGACAGGACACCGUGCUGCAUCAGGAGAGCGUCGAAGUUUAU